AUGGCCAACAGAAUGGACAAAACCUCCACUCUCCCAAGCUCUGCAGCUCCCUGUCCACAACAAGAGACUCUGCCUCUCUCAGCACCACUGGAUUCUUCUAUUUCCAUGUCCAGGAUGACAACCUCGAGUGAACGGGAAGCGAACAGCUGCGCCCGCCAUCAUGUUGAGAUUGAUGUGGACGAAAUAGAAGCAGCCUUAGCCGUGCAAGGUGGCUCUGAACGAAAGGCAGCAGCUACCCUACCGGCGCAAGAGAAUACUAGUACUAGUAAUGGUCAGCUCAAGAAACCACCUCCAGCUCAACCUCCCUCUUCUACUAGUAGCAGCACAUCCAAGCUGGCUUGCGACAAAUCCUCCAAGAUGGCUGCCAUGGCGCCUACGGUUGCCAGUAUACCGUUUGUAGAAGACGACGACCUUUCCAGUAGAGCAUCCACAGCUAGCAGCAUUCAUUGCAACAACUACUACGAUGACCCAUACAUCCCAUCUCACAUGGCCAACGCCUUGAUGGAAGGCCUUCAACCCAUGCCGAAUCAUCAUCUCAGCAAUCAAAAUGGAAAUGAAAAACGGUAUCUCGACGACAAUGGAUUCGACAUAAGAACACCCGGAGCCCAUGCCGUCGGUGGUCGCCCGCCCUUUGCUUCACCUACAUGUAGUAGAAUACAGACGUCUUCUCCCUUUAUAUCUUCUACCGCAGCACAACAUGCAUCCACGGAGGACGAAGAGCUCGCACUGAGUGCCAAUGUCGUCGAGGAAGGCGUCGACCCUCGUGCCAUGGGCAAUAGCAGUGGCAACCAUACGCGCCAGCAUCUACGUCGAACUCCUUUGGAAGUCAUUGAAGGCAAAGCCAUUCCCAGUAGCUCGGAUCCCUCCGCUUCCUCUUCUACCAAGGAAUCCAAGUGGGUGUACCUUUUCAUGGUGGUGUUGGCCCUGGGGGCUGCCGUGUUGAUGGUUAUGAUAUUGAUCUUGCAAGGAAACAAAAACGAUACCAGCGCCCCGCCCAGCAGUAUUCCCGCAGCAGUCACCCUUUCUCCAACCACAACCACCGCACGACAACGAGUCGACUACCCACCGUUUCAAGACGACCUUCCGGCAGACAUUCUGGCCGAUCUACAACAAGACCCGGACAGUCCCACGGCCAAAGCCAAUGCCUGGAUGAAUAACGAUCCUCAUCUCGAACGCUAUUCCAAGGGACGCCAGCGGCAACGAUUUGCCUUUGUCACCUUUUACCAUGCCACCGGUGGCCCUGACUGGUUGCAUCAAGACCACUGGUUGGACUAUACCGUUUCCGAGUGCCGUUGGUAUUCGUCUUUUGAUCCCCUCCAUAACAAUGCAUAUCCCGCCAUUUACGACGACGCACGAAUCUGCGAUGACGACGAAAAUCUACUGGUCUUUGAUUUGCACGGCAACAACCUCCGCGGUCUGCUGCCGGGACUGACACACUUUUACCCCAAACUCCGCUAUAUGGAUGUAUCGGACAAUCACCUCUAUGGUCCACCGCCACUGUUGGCCAGCAAGUUGACCGACUUGGAAGCCUUUAUCAUUAGUAACAAUCAGUUGGAAGGACAAUUGGUGGGAGAUGCCGGCUUUGUUGCCUUUAAUGUCCGGAUUGUCAAGAUGGAUAGCAAUGCCAUUUCGGCACACCUCAAUCCCGUCUUUCGAGUCAUGCCCAAGUUGCAAGUCAUGAACAUUACGUCGAAUCAGUUUCACAUGCAUGUGGGAACCGAACUGGCGUACACACCCGACAUGAUCUAUCUGGGCAUGGCAGACAAUCAACUUUAUGGGAGUCUUCCCAGUGAAGUAGGAACACUCGCCAACUUGAAGACUCUAGAUCUUGCCAACAAUGCGGCGUUGACGGGAUCUAUUCCAAGCGAGUGGAGUCAUCUGGAGGAGCUCGCCCUAUUGGAUCUCUCUGGGACGAGUCUGACAGGGGCCAUUCCAUCGGCUUUGUGCGAUCAGCAACAGAAAGAUACAGCAUUGGAGAUUUUGGCCAAUUGCAGUCAUAUGGACUGUUGUCAGUUGUAA